ACGAGUAGCACAACCCGGAAGCGGCCGGUCUGGGAGCUGUCCCGGGUUCUCGCUGCCGCCGACUCCGCUGCUACUGCUGCAGCUGCCACCGGAGUUUCGGCGUUUCGGAGCCGCUGCCCCCUACCCGCUCCGGGCUGAGUCCCAGACCCUCAUAGCCGCCAUGUCGUCGGACUUCGAAGGCUACGAGCAGGACUUCGCGGUGCUGACCGCAGAGAUAACCAGCAAGAUCGGGAGGGUCCCCAAACUCUCUCCAGAUGAGAAGAAGCAGAUGGUUGCUAAUGUGGAGAAACAGCUAGAAGAAGCAAAGGAACUGCUUGAACAGAUGGACCUGGAAGUCCGAGAGAUCCCUCCACAGAGCAGAGGACUGUAUGCCAGCAGAAUGAGGAGCUACAAGCAAGAAAUGGGAAAACUUGAAACAGAUUUUAAAAGGUCACGGAUCGCCUACAGUGACGAAGUACGGAAUGAGCUCCUAGGGGAUGAUGGGAAUUCCUCCGAGAACCAGUUGAUAAAAUUACGUGAAGAGAGGGCACAUCUGCUCGAUAACACAGAGAGGCUGGAAAGGUCAUCUCGGAGACUAGAGGCUGGAUACCAAAUAGCAGUGGAAACCGAGCAAAUUGGCCAGGAGAUGUUGGAAAACCUCAGUCAUGACAGGGAGAAGAUACAACGUGCUCGGGAAAGGCUUCGAGAAACAGAUGCUAACUUGGGGAAAAGUUCUCGGAUCUUGACAGGAAUGUUGCGAAGGAUUAUCCAAAACCGCAUUUUGGUGGUUAUCCUGGCAAUCAUCGUGGUCUUCACCAUCCUGACGGCUAUUUUUAUUUCUGUCAAAGGACACUGAUGUAUCUGCUCUUCCCUGAUAUACAGCACCACACGCCUUGUUCUGAGUAAUUAAGACAAAGUGGUCACAUGAAUCAUCCCUUUGCACUGACAGGCCCGAGUGCCCCCUUCUCCUCCCCCACUCUCGCCACUGUUCAACUUCGGUGCAAGGAGUGUAAAAGAUGUUUUCUAUUCUUGAUUGCGUGUGGGGUAAUUUCCCCUCCUGCUGAUAUCUUCACAGAGAUAUUUUUUUGGGAAGCUUAGAAUUUGACUUGAAAAUUUCACUGAGCGAUCAGAAUAGUAUUUGUUAAAUUCUUUCUCCAGCCCAUGAAAACAGAAAGGGCCAGGUUGUUGGGGGGGGAAAGGGGGGAGGUGCUAUUAGGGGAAUAGGGGGAGAAGAAGGGGAAGAGAUAUGAGUUAUUUAAUGCUUCUGUCAGCUUGUGUUGGGUGUCAGACUGUUUGUCACACCCCUUGUCAUAUAUAUAUAUGCCUUUCUGUGGUGUCCAAAUGUACAAGUUAAGAAGAAACCAGGUGAUGAAGAAAGAAAGUGAGUUUCUCCCAAGAACCAACCCAGUUCAUGAGCAGGGAGAAAAAAAAAAGGAGCAAACCUCUCUGGCUUAAUUGUAAAGGAGGCUGUGGAAUGUGGACCAUGUAGUAAAUUGACCUACAGUUUUCCCCAUUUUUCUAUUGAAUAUAUUUUUACUAAAAUUGCCUAAUAUCCACUUUUUACAAUUUUCAUUACUGGCUGUGAGAAGUGUUUCUUUGCUCUGUAAGAGCUCAGACUUCCUCAUAUUUACUAGCAAGAUGAGGCCUUGCACAACAUUUAAUUGUGACCUGGGCAUUCCAGACCAAUUUAAUCAUCUCUCCAUCCUUCCAGUUUUAGUAUUUGUGCUGCCAAACGCAGCCCCUAGUAUAAGUAAAAGGUCUGACAAGGUUCUCUCCAUAUCCAUUUCCGUAUGUAAAGAGAACAUGAAUAUUUCAGUAAGAGGGAGAACAUGACUCCAUUAGUGUGAAAUUUCAAAUGUUAUUAUAAAUAUGAUGAUGUUCUGUAGUAAGAGAGACUUGAAUAAACUUUAUCUGAAACAUCCACUAACCUCCUUGCAAACAGUGAGUUACAGUGGAAUACAAAAAAGGAGGGGGGUGCAGGGGUUAGGGAGAGGCUGUUAACUGGUGCUUUGACUAACCAAUAUUCUCAAAACCUCCCUGAGUUGGAUAUUUGUUCAAACCUGUAAUUUGAUUUGUGAUUUUGAGUCUCUUUUUCUAAAGUACUGAGUAGAAAUGAGUUCAUUUGUAAUCAGGCUUAAAGUUGUUCAAGCAAAAACUGUGAGGUCGGUUGAUUGUUUUUUUUCCCAGCCACAAAGCAAAAGGUGUUUUUAUUACAGUUUCCUAGGCUGCUCCAAGUUCUAGGGCAGCCUUUGAAUAUAAUUGGAAGCUUCAGAGUCUUCAAAAUCAAACCUGUUGUCUCUCAUAAAAAUGUUUAAUAACUUGUAUGCCUGGCCAGCAAUCACCUGGCUGGAACAUUUGCCUUCUUUUUUUCCAAACCAACUCAGAAGAGAACUAUUACAGUUCAGAAAGAAAAUGCAGGGGUGCAAGAAUGGUGAAAUUCACCAGAGAAAUGGUACUUAUCUAAGCAGGUUAGGGCAUGCAUGUGUUCCGAUAAAUCAUUUAGUAUUGUGUAAAUAAAGCUGCAGCCUUUUCUUUGGAAUGAUGGUGAGGGAAUAAGAUGGAGUGAAGUGGGACCUGGAGAAGGAAUGGGAGCCUGUGUUAAUUUUCCUAUCAGCUUUAGGAAUCCAUCUGGUCAUGAAUCUUUUAUUCAGAUAACAAAAAUCUGUAAGCACUAAAAACAUUGCAGAAAUCAUUUUCUAAAACCAUUCCUUCCUGUUUGGGAGCACUAGUAGCAUGACUGUAAUAGAACGUCCCCUCUAGUGUUUGUUCAGAUCUGUUGAUCUUAGUUAAAGUAUACAUCUAGUUAUCUAGUUACCUAAUCAUGCUCCGGUACCCAGCAGUGGCUUCUGGGGUCCACCAAGUGAGCGUAAUCAAUUUUAUAAUUCAGACUUUUCAGCUCUAAAAUAUCUUACUUAAACCUACGGUUCAUGUUGAAGUCAUUGCUGGGCGAGAAGGGGAAUAAACAGAAAGCUAACUUUUCAAGGACUAGUUGGUUUGUUUUUUCCACAGGUAUUAGCCCUUCAUCAGUUGUUGCCCUUUGCCCAUGUUGCUGUCAGUACGUACUGUUGCCCAAAUUUCAUUUCUGCACUUUGGGAUUGGGGUAUCAAAGUUGAACAGACACGCCUCACCAGCUCCACUUUCCUCUACUUCUGUAAUGACCCCCUGUGGUAAGGCAAGCCCAUUCGUCUCUAGAGAGAGUUGGGAGGAAGUAGGUUUGGAGGAUCCCUUGAACUCCCCCAACAUGACCCCUGAGUAGAUGUUGGAAAAAUUGAGAAAGAAAGUACCCCCCAGAGGACAUAUUCCCUCACCUCCCACCCCUCCUCGGAUUCGGGUAUUCCCACAUUUGCCGGAAGUAGCUUGUCAAAUUUGAAGCAGGUCUUGGAUCUGUGAAUGAUUCUAAGUACUUACAAAUGUAAGCCUCAAAGAGUCGAAUGUUUCUAAUGUCGGUUGCCUUUGUUGGAAAUGAUGCAUGGGAGAAGGGGGGGGGGGCGGUAUAUUACUGUGUAAAAUUCAUGCAGACUAAACCGUUUCCCUGACAGAAUAAAUAAAACGCUGUUACCCUGA